CCUGCUCCGCGGUGCCUGACUAUUUACUGUAUAUCAAAUUAAGUAACCGCAACAUUGAAUAAUGCGUAAUUCAUUGCACUGGAAAUAUAGAAGACAAGACUGCAGAGGAAUAUCUAUCUCUUUUUAUUACCAUUGCGAAGGAAUCUACUUUUGAAUAAUUUGGGAUUGAUUUAGGAUUCAGUUUCAGAAACUUUGGGAUUGAAGACCUGCCAACACUUGGCAACCCUGGUUUGAGAGCGUCCCAUUUGUCUCGUAGUGAUGUCGAGGCAAUUUCUGAAACGAGGUUUUGCACUUGAUGGCCUAAAGUGUGUUUGAGGAUGCUGUAAUUUUAAACAUGAAAAAGACAUGAGCCAAAUAUUUAUUUUCAUGAAAAAGUUCCCGAAAAAGAUAGCAAAGCUAGUUUUGUUUCCUAAACUCGGCAACUUCCGAAAAGCAAAUUGCGAAAGCUCCAACGACGAGGCACAGAGCUAGCCAUCAAAAGGUGUUGAAGACACUCGUAUUUGUAGCAGGUCUACACAGUUGAAUCAUUAAAUGGCUCAGAAUCCAGAUGAUGACGACCCAGUUGUGCAAGAGAUUGAUGUAUUCAUGGCAAAAGCACUUGCUGAUAGAGUAUACAUCUUUCAGUACCCUGUGAGACCAUCUUUCUUAUCUUAUGAUGAAACAAAUCAUAUUGCUGCAAGAAUCAAACCCAAACAUCAAAAGGUUGAGCUAGAACUGGCCCUCAACAGUGACUGCCCAACCUACUGUGGGCCCAGAGGAGAGCAAAUUGCCUAUGCUGUUGAUGAGGCAUCAACUUCAUCCAAAAGUCAGGAACCCUACUACCAAAGUGGCUUAAUGGACAAGCAAGUUCUGACUUCUGUGAAGGCUUCAGAACCAACUGGCAGAUAUGUAGCUGGUGUUUUGAAAAAUGGAGCGCUUCAUUUGACUCCAAUCCAUGGUUUCGUGCAGUUGCGCCCUUCGUUUGAGUACCUCAACAGGGCGGACGAUAAUAAGCAAACAACAUCAAGCACAACUAUCGAGGACAACGACGAUGACGAUGAAGAAGCAAAACCUGUCGUGGCCCGAUUCACAAAAUCUGCAACGGACGAAAGUAUAAAAAAGAAGCGGCAGAGUUUUCACAGCAUCGAGCAGAAACUAGCUGAGGAGCCGUGGAUAGAAGUUGACUACCAACAGCCAACGUCAUCAAAAGCAACAUCGGAAAGGAUGCUAUUAUAUUGUCAUCAAACGGAUUUCGAGUCUCCAGAAUUCACGGCAACUUCACGAGAAUAUCUCAAAAUAUUGACACCAAAACCAGAAGGCAAGGAAAGCCAUCAAGUCGAGCUGCCACAUGGUGUCUUGUCAAUGGCUUCAUUGCGAAAGAUGCACAUAGCCGACCAAAUUAAAGCACUUCUUACCAAUGCAAAAGUUAUACAGUUUCACCACUUACUGGCGUUGCUUGGACCUGGCUUGGAUGAAAAAACCAUCUUGAAAGGCCUUCAUGAUUUUGCGGUAUUGGUUCAAGGAUGCUGGGUUAUCAAGAGUGAUGUUCUGUACCCAAAAGGAAGCAAGAGUCAAGUGAGUGGUAUCGAUGGCGAAGCCAUUUGGCCCACGCGUAAUUACAUAAUUUGGCUCUUUAACCACAAAAGAAUAAUUGAGCGCAAAGAGUUAACUUCUGUUACGAGAAUUCCAAGCGAAGAAUUGCGAGAUAUACUUGAGCAAGUAGCUCGUCGCAAACCUCCACAAAGCUGGGAAUUCAUGCUUCCGACCGACACUGACUUCGUUAUCAAGCACCAAGACGUCGUUAAAUCUCAAAUGGAAGUUUGGCAAGAUUUGGUCGCAAGACUAAAUCAAUCGCUAAGCCUGACCAAAGAUCUCGUUAUUACUGAUAAUGACAUACUUCCGGGUUUGGAUGCCAGUGUUCGCAACAAGGUGACUCGAGGCAGAUCAAAGUCACGUGAGAGUAUAGAAAAACAGAAACGAGGUGGUGGUAGGGAAGAGGAAGCAACGUCGAAAAAACCAAGUAGCAAUGGGAAAAUUGCGUUUACUAAUGAGACAGAAAAGCUCUCAGACCAAAUAGAAUCAGACAGUAAAAUAAACGAAAUAGCAAAUAUCAGGGUUAAAAUGGAGCCUUGUGAUACCGUAAAUAUCAAAGAAGAACCUGUUGAUUCUAAUGAUCUUAUAGAACACUCAAAUGAAAUGGCAAUGGACUUGGAUGAUAAUAGUUCAUUUGUUGACGGAGAUUCGAACUCAAGCUCGAUUUCUUUGCCAUUUAUCCCACCAGCAGCCUCGGGAAAGAGUCUCCAGGCUGUCGAUAAACCUCCAUCUGAAAUUUUCUUGAAAGAGCUUGAAAAAUUUAUCAAACAAACCUUAAAAGGCAGCUGUUUAUGUCUAGCCGAGUUCAAAGAAAUACUCCAGCUAAGCCAACAAGAGCCAGGUAACAUUUUGUGCAGCGGUGUGUCAGAUGAUGUCUUAGAGGAGCAAAUUCUUAAUACAGGGGCCUGUCAGCUCAGCCUGAAGUGGCCUGAUAAUUGUGCUGUGAGCUCGGAAAGAAGAAAGUUAUACAUGUUCAUGAAAGUUGGCGACUCUAUGGAUAAGUAUCGCAAAGUUGUUAUUUCGAUGUUUAGUGAAGGAUUCUGUUUCAAGAAGUCAGACAUAAACAAAAGAUUGCAAGAAAAACUUGGCUCUUCAUUAACAAAUCACAUUUUUCCAAGAUUCAUGGGGGAAUUCUGUGAAAAGUAUGGCAAUUCUUGGUACCUCAGAGGGACAUACAAAGCAGCCUUUCCAGACAGGUAGCACUUCCAAUAAAACAGAUAGCAUUUUAACAAUACAAUCAAUAAUACAAUCAAUGGCAACAUGUUGGGACAUUGAAAUGAAUUUGAAAAUGACAGAGCUGUGCAACAGAUUGCUUCUGUAAUGCAGACUUUUCUGAACCAUCAACAACAAAGCAGAAGUUAGAUCUCAUAGAAUGCCAUGUAAACAGCGCCCUAGGAAUUAAUGGACAAAAUUACCAUAUAUUGUCAUAUCAGCAGUUGCAUUUUUGUAUUAUCAAUGUUGGAUCAACUAGCUCAAUGCACUUAAAUUUAAUGUGACAUAUCAAAUAUGAAGCAUGAAGAAAUAGUCAAUCAAAACAGAAUUGCCAAGCUUAUUAUGAGAAUUGUUGUUCACAAUCUUUGAUUAACAGACAAGGUUGACCAUACAGAGUACACCAUACAUCUCGGUGCAAAGUACACCAUACAGAUUUUCAUUUGACACAUGCUUGUUUUGGUUUUGCAUGGGAUUCUCUGCUAUUGUCUGUUCUUCCUUGAGCAUCGUGAAUGAUAAUCAUAAAGCAAGGUAUAUUAGAUAUGUUUGAACAGUAGACUGAGUUCCCCAUCAAGAAUGUUUCUAACUAUAAGCUAGCUUAUCUGUAGUCAAAGCAUAACUUUGUUUGGUAUACAAAUCUUAGAUACCAGAAGAACAAAGUGGUCUAUUUAAUUGAAUUGAGAAAUCCCUUUGUUAGCACCUGGGACCCCACCCUCCCUAAUAUUGAAGCAAAGAAGAACCUUGUUCCUUUCUGGCAAUAACACCUAGACAAGAGGCCCGUUCAUCUGAAUGUCUUUGCCACAGUCUCAAGGUUGUGUUUCACUUUACCUAAAACCUAACAAAGAUUCUUGGUAAUUCAAAAGUGGUUAACUCCUUCAUCUGUCCACAUGUUUUGUGGCUUUUAGUCUGGCAAGUUGAGAGAAGUUGCUCCAUUAAAGGGGCUGGCUUAAAAUGCAUUGUAGUUUUCUGAUAAUAACUGCAAAGAUCAUUCCAGUGUUUUACGUGUGAUAUUCAAUGGAUGUCCUUUAUCAAGCAAAAUAUGUUUUUAUAUGGAAUAAACAAGUAUCUGCACCUACUCUUGUGUUUUUUUAAUUUGGAAAUAUUUUUAUGAUACAUUGUUUACUUA